AGAUACAGAAUUGCCUCUUUUUGCUAAGUACUAACAUACUUGUUAAUUAACUUGGUCCAGACGCGCUUAUAGCAGCCAAUACAGACCUCAUCACCAACUUCUCAACCUCGCUACUUCUAUAUAUACUCAUCCCACCUUCUUCUCCUCACUCAUCUCAUCUUUAAUCCAAUCAAACAAUUAAUUUCACAACACUCUUCUGCACAGAUCGAUCGAGCUUCACUACUGUGUUAUUAGCAUCGCAUUGCUUAUAUAAUCCUCUCUCUCUCUCUCUCUCUCCAAAAUGAUUAGCAGAUUUGCUAUUCCUUUAAUCUCUCUAAUGGUGGUGCUGAGCACCAUCUGUUGCCAAGCGCAACUAUCAACCACUUUCUAUGACGCCAGAUGCCCCAAUGCACCAACCAUCAUCCGCAACUCCAUCCGCCGCGCUAUUUCCGCCGAGCGGCGCAUGGCGGCGUCCCUCAUCCGCCUCCACUUCCACGACUGCUUCGUGCAGGGCUGCGACGCCUCCAUCCUACUCGACGAGACCGCUACUAUUCAGAGCGAGAAGACGGCGGCGCCCAACGAUAAUUCAGUUAGAGGAUACGAGGUUAUUGAGGCUGCUAAGCGCGAGGUGGAGCGCGCCUGCCCCGGCGUCGUCUCCUGUGCCGACGUACUCACCUUAGCCGCACGCGACGCCUCUGUUGCUGUUGGUGGCCCGUCAUGGAGUGUGAGACUAGGAAGAAGGGAUUCUACGACUGCUAACCGCGGCGCCGCCAACACCGAUCUCCCGAGCCCGUUUGCCGGCCUCGACGUUCUUAUUGACGCUUUCGACAAGAAGGGCCUCACCGCACGAGACAUGGUUGCGCUGUCUGGAGCUCACACAUUAGGUCAAUCGCAAUGCUUCUUGUUCCGUGGAAGGAUAUACAGCAACGGCACCGACAUUGAUGCCGGCUUUGCGAGCACCAGAAGGCGGGGCUGCCCCCAGACCGGCGGCGACAGAAACUUGGCGGCGCUGGAUUUGGUGACGCCCAAUUCCUUCGACAACAACUACUUUAGGAAUUUGGUGCAGAGGAAGGGAUUGCUGCAGUCGGAUCAAGUUCUAUUCAGCGGAGAGACGGCCACCAUCGUGUCUCAGUACAGUGGAAACCCCAGAACAUUCGCCGCCGACUUUGCGGCUGCGAUGAUCAAGAUGUCGGAGAUUCAGCCAACCCUUGGACAGGAUGGAAUCAUUAGAAACACAUGCAGCGCCAUCAACUGAGAUUCCACUAAAUCUUUCUCUCUCUUUUCGUUUCGUAAAGAUUAGCUAGUGUGCAUGCAAAUCGCAACGCAUGCAGUCACCCUUUUUAUUUCCAACUGUUCAAUCCUCAUUCAAUUCAUUUUACCAUGUGAUUUGUAGUUAAAUUUAUACCACCAAUCAAUGAAUUGUUCAUUUUCAAUAAUCUCAUGUAUUUGUGGUCAUGAAAUUUGAUAGUAUCUCAAUUUGCAGAUAAGAUUCUCUGUCCA